AGACGAGCGUGGCUCAAGAAACAUGGCUACGGUUCAGUUUGAAGCCCUCGACCAGAAUGACCCAAUCGUCAGAAAAAUGGAAAGUCAACAUCUUUGGUACCGGAAAUUCAUAAAAUCCAUCCCGGAUGGCUACGUCAUGCCUGCAUACUACUCGGAAUUCCAGAAGACCAACACGUUCAAACCUCGAGAUGAUGACAUCUGGAUCGUCACAUUUCCCCGAUCAGGAACAACAUGGACUCAAGAAUUGACCUGGUGUAUCGUCAACAUUGACAAGCUAGAAGAUGCACGCAAGUUUCCCCUCUGGUUCCGAACUCCAUUCUACGAGUGGGACUGCCUGGUACCUCCAGAUGGACUUCCGGAUCUGUCGCAGCUGGUCAUUCCAUUUGACACCAUCGAGGAGGCAGACAAGCACUUCCAUAAGCACGGGAACAUGCUUCCUCACCUGGAGAGCAUACCUUCUCCCAGGGUCAUCAAGACGCAUUUGCCGGUUUCACUUCUGCCUCCCGAAGUGAGGAAAAAUAAGAUCAUCUACGUGUCGAGGAACCCGAAGGACUCCUGGAUCUCCUACUACUCUUUGUUUCAUACUUUCGACAGUUUCACGGGGACGCUCGAUGAUUUCAUCGAACAGAACAUUCACGGAAUCUGUGAGAAGGGCUUCGUUGCCGUCGUAAACGCGAUCGAGGAGAUCGAGAGGCUAGCCCGAUUCCUUGGGAAGGACCUGACCCAGGAACAGACGAAGGCCGUAGAGGAAGAGGCCUCGAUCGAGCGAAUGAGGGAAAAGUCCCCCGUGACCGGCCCCAACUACAGGUGGAAGCACCUGAACCCCCCUCGCGAUCCGUCCGAUUCCUUCAUUCGAGGCGGGCGAGUCGGCGGCUGGCGGAACGUGCUCGACGAGGACCAAGUCGAGAAGAUCGACAAAUACAUCAGGGAAUACUUGGAGGAGACCGGACUCUUCGAUUCUCAGACGUGAUCUAUCGGUGACUGCUCUGCGGUCGAAUGUCUUUUUUUGUCCGAAAGGGAGUGGCUUCGAGUUGCUGUCCGAAUUUUCGAACGUGCCUUUUCAUGUGUAUCGCAUCUCAUAGUAUCUAAAAAGGAACUCUGUGGAAAACUUUCUCGCAAAAUCUUCCCUCGCAGGGAUUUAUAUGUAACACGCAUCCUCG